AUUAGUUUGGCAUAUUUAGACAGAAAGUUCAAGUGGUCAAUUUAAAACAUCAUCUGAGUCAACAACCGUUCGAGAUGCUGAUGGUAAGACUGGUAAAUACUUUUCUCAUUAAUCUCUUUUUACAGAGAUAUUUCGUUGUAGGUGAUUCAAUUUGCAUAAUAAAUCGUCAUUCAUCGUCGUUAUCUUCUUCACCACCCUCUCAAUGGGCCUAUUCUCAAGUUCGACGACCAACACCUUCACAACAAGAAUCUCAUUAUUGUCGAGAAUCAACUGUUCAACUUUAUCGCGAACAACAACCGUCAUAUUUUUACGAUUUAAAAUUAGCUGAAUUUUUAAAAAAACAAAAUGCACAAUGUUUACAUUUACGUUCUCUACACGUACCUACUCCAUCAGCUUCUCUUACUACGAGUAUUGACUAUGGUUGUUUUGGUAGUUCAGAUUUAUCAUCCGAAGACAGAUCGAUUGAACAGCGACAUCAAAUAUCACAAGACAGUUUUCCGUAUAGUUUAAACUCUAAUUGGACAGUAGGAAUGACUGUAGAUGAUCAUAAUUCAUCAAAAAGGCAGUUCGUAUCGACGAGGGAGUGUGUUGUAUAA